GUUGUCGAUGAUAUUUUGGCCAAACUAAAUCGUGAAAAGUCAAGUGAUUUGAAGGGAUAUGUUGGAAUUGAAAGCCACAUCGAGGAAAUUGAAUCAUUAUUAUCCAUUGAUUCACUAGAUGUCUGCAGUGUAGGUAUUUGGGGCAUGGGUGGUAUUGGCAAGACCACCCUUGCUGAUGCUAUAUUUCAUCGACUCUUUUCUAAAUUCGAAGCUUGCUGUUUUCUUGCAAAUGUUAGGGUGAAAUCAGAGGAAAAAGAUGGACUAAUUCAAUUGCGAAAUAAACUUCUCCGUAAGUUACUAGAUGAUAAGAAUCUAGAUAUUGACACUCCAUCUAUUGGAUCAACCUUUGUUCGUGAGAGGCUCAGUCGUAUGAAGGUCCUCAUUGUUCUUGAUGAUGUGAAUGACUCAAGCCAAAUCGAACUUCUAGCCGGAGGCAGAGAUCAUGCUCGGUAUGGCCCCGGAAGUAGAAUCAUUGUAACAACUAGAGACAGGAGCCUACUUAAGGAAAUUGUUGAAGAAGAUAAGAUAUACGGGGUUCAGGCAUUACAACGUGAUGAAGCUCUUCAGCUCCUUCAUUUGAAUGCCUUCAAAUAUAACACUCGUAUAACAGAUUAUACAGAAUUGGCGGAAAAGGUGGUGGAUUAUGCUGGUGGCAUUCCAUUAGCUCUUAAAAUUUUGGGUUCCUCAUUCCUUUGCUGCGAGAGCAAAGAAGAUUGUUUAGAUGAAUCAAUCACAAUGAAAGAAUUUCUAAGGAAAAACAUUCAAAAAGUGUUGAAAAUAAGUUACGAUGGAUUAAAAAACGAGAAGGAGAUAUUUCUUGAUAUAGCGUGUUUUUAUAAAGUCGAGACUAUGCAUCUUGUAAAAAGAAUGUCCAAUGCUUGUGGUUUUCGUGCAGCAGGAAUUAGGGCCCUCAGUGAUAAGUCCCUCAUAUCAAUUUCCGAAAGCAAGUUAAUAGAAAUGCAUGCUCUGGUCCAAGAAAUGGGCAGGGAAAUUGUUCGCGAAGAAUGUACUGAAGAGCCCGGAAAACGAAGUAGAUUGUUCAGUGCGGAUGAUGUCUAUCAUGUACUGAAAAAUAAUACGGGAACUGCAGCCGUUCAAUGCAUAUCCUUUAACAUUUCUAAGAUUGGACCGUUGGAUCACGCAGACUUCAGAAAGAUGUUUAAUCUAAGAUUGCUCAAUGUUGAUAGCUAUGGCUUUGACAAGAAGUUAGACGUUUCUCUUCCCAAUGCUCUUAGGUAUCUUUGCUGGAUGGGAUACCAACUGAAAUCUUUGCCAUCAGAAUUUUCUCCAGACAAUCUUGUUGAGCUUCGAAUGCCCUACAGCAGUGUUGAACAACUUUGGAAUAAAGGCCAGAAGCUUGAAAACUUAAAUUUGAUGGAUCUUAGUCACUCCAUACAUCUGACUGAAGUUCCAGAUCUCUCUCAAUGUCCGAAAAUCAAGCAUAUAAAUCUUAUGGGAUGUACAAGUUUGGUUGAAAUUCCUUCGUAUUUUCGGCAACUGGGCAAGCUUACUGUUCUUAACCUGGGAUACUGCUCACUUCUCAGAAAUCUUCCGGAGAUGCCAGGAAAUAUUGAAUACAUAGAUUUAAGAAAGACUGCGAUAGAGGAAUUGCCUUCAUCAGUUUGGUCUAGUGCAAACAUUUCUACCUUGAAUAUUCAAUGGUGUAAGGACCUUAAGAGUCUUCCAAGCAGCGGUUGUGAGUUGAAGUUACGCAAUUUGUCUUUUUCGGGCUGCUCAUCUCUUGGCAAGUUUUCGGAGCUUCCCCGGAACAUAACAGAGUUACAGUUGACUGAGACAGCAAUAAAAGUAUUGCCCUCAUCAAUCGAGCAUCUCUCUCAUCUCAAGAAAAUUGAACUGGAAAGUUGCAAAUGUCUUGCGAGUCUCCCAACGAGCAUUUGCAAGUUAAAUUCUCUUGAGAGACUUAACCUCGCUGGUUGCCUAAAAUUUCAAUGCUUCCCAGAAAUAUUGGCGCCUAUGAAGCACUUAAACUUUCUUAGCUUGUCAGAAACCGCGGUUAAAAAGCUACCCUCGUCGGUUGAAAAUCUGAUUGGGCUUCAGACAUUAUAGCUCUACCGGUGCAAAAAACUGAAGUCUGUCCCGAAUAGCAUCUACAACCUAAACUCACUUCAAACUCUCACGUUUGGUGGGUGUUUAAAGCUUAAAAAGUUGCCUCAGUUCCGGGUAGGUUUGCGCUCUUUGGAAGAACUAAACCUCAGUUACUGUGGUAUAUUAGAAAUCCCUGAUCACCUUGUUUGCUUAACCUCGUUACGAGAGUUAGACCUAAGUGGGACCAUGAUCCGGAGCAUACCUGCAAGCAUCAGACAAUCUUCUCAGUUGUCUGUCCUUCGUUUAACCAAUGCAAGAAGCUACUGUCUAUACCGGAGCUCCCAGCUGGGCUGCAAAUUCUUGAAGCACAAGGUCUGCGCUAAUACAAUUAUGUCAUGAUGGAUUAUGAAUUUUCGCUACGCCAUCUUUAGCAACUAAAUUUUUCUAAUUGCCUAGGAGGUUGUUGUGAGUUCGGAUCAAGUAGAAGUAAAGGCCAGUUUGAGGUUGAUGUGCAUUUUUAUUAAACUGCUUUGAUGUGCUUUAAGAAUAAUAAUCUGUAAAAUAAACAGAAUCACCUGUGUUUUGAAGGCCUAGCAAUUUAAGCGAGUUCUUUUUUUUCAAA